CACUGGUGCGCUGUGUCCCUCGGACACAGCGGAUCACGGAAAGAGCCGAAGAUGUCGGCUCGGUCAUGUGAUCAGCUGUGUCCAAUCACAGCUGAUCACAUGGCACUGAUGAUCAGUGUGGCCCCAGAAGUGCCACCUGUCAGUGUCCGUCAGUGCCACAUCAAUGCCACAUAUCAGUGCCUACCAGUGCACAUCAAUGCCACAUAUCAGUGCCCAUCUGAGCUGCCUUUCAAUGUCACCCAUCAGUGCCACCUAUCAGUGCCAGCCAGUGCCGCCUAUCAGUGCCAUAUAUCAGUGUCAUGUAUCAGUGCUGCCUUUCAGUGCCCAUCAGUGCCACCUACCAGUGCCUCCUCAUCAGUGCCACCUAUCAGAGUCUAUCAGUGCAGCCUAUCAGUGCCCAUCACUGCAGCCUCAUUAGCGCACAUCAGU